AUGGCUGCCAUCAACAAGAUUGCCCUCAACUCGCCGUCCCGGCAGAACCCCUCCGAGCUGGAGACCGCGGUCGCCGGCGCUCUUUUCGACCUCGAGAGCAACACACAGGACCUGAAGGCCACUCUCCGCCCCCUGCAGUUCGUCUCUGCCCGUGAGGUCGAGGUCGGCCACGGCAAGAAGGCCAUCAUCGUCUUCGUCCCCGUCCCCCUCUUGCAGGGCUUCCACAAGAUCCAGCAGCGUCUGACCCGCGAGCUGGAGAAGAAGUUCUCGGACCGCCACGUCCUCUUCGUUGCCCAGCGCCGCAUCCUGCCCCGCCCCAAGCGCUCGGUCAACUCGCGCACCAACCAGAACCAGAAGCGCCCCCGUUCGCGGACUCUGACCGCCGUCCACGACUCUAUCCUCACCGACCUGGUCUACCCCGUCGAGAUCGUCGGCAAGCGCAUCCGCACCAAGGAGGACGGCAGCAAGACCCUCAAGGUCAUCCUGGACGAGAAGGAGCGUGGUGGUGUUGACCACCGUCUCGACGCCUACGGCGAGGUCUACCGUCGUCUAACCGGCCGCGCCGUUGUGUUCGAGUUCCCCCAGGGCGGCGCCGAGUACUAG